AUGAAAGUCGAAUCUUCUGUCAAGACCCGUUGUAGAAGGCGCCAAGGAGUAGUCUCGCGUACACUACACAAUACUAAUCAAGAUUCAACGUCUGCCUUGGUAACAACUGAAACGAUGCCAAUGCAAAAAACCAAUACCGUAGUGAUAACAAACUCGGCGUCCGGGUCAAAAACUGAUAUCUUUUCCCUUCCCUCUGAACUGAUUACUAGGAUUGCAUUUCAUUUGACUUUACCAGAAUAUUCAUAUCUUUCGCGUACUUGUAAAACAAUGAACGCACAUUUUCAAAGGGAACUUAUUUUAUUCCUUCGACAUGUAUAUGGUCGUUCGGUGCGUUCCGGUUCACUAAUUCUUUUCGCUUAUGGAGCACACCUACAAUAUCGGGCUCCAAGGUUACUUGAUCGCAUCAUGGACGAAUUUUUUAUCGAUGCGAAUGAUAAUCCGGGAAAUUCUAAUUCUAAAAACAUAAACAUAUCUCGUCAAGCAAACUCGCGGUGGCCUACAUACUGGUCUGUUUUGUACUCGCUUGAUAAGGCACCAAACUUGGAUCCUCCUCCAAAUUGCAUUACCUCUGUGACAUGCAGUUCUGAUGACAAAUUAGAAACCUGCUAUCUUCAAUCACAUCAGAACACGUCCUGUUAUGAGUGCACGGCAUCACAAUUUCAUGCUUCUGAACAAUCAUCCAACCCAAAACCAAAACUGCAAUUCCUCGAAAAAUAUGCGGCAAGAAUGAAUGCCAAGUUUGCAAAUCGUCCUAUUAGAGGAAAUGACAAAUCCUCUAGUUCUCAUAGUAAUGGACGUCGAAAUGAAUGGCACCUUUCCGAUGUGCGGCAGAAAAAAACUUAUAGGAUGUUGAUAAUGCAAAAUAUCCGCUAUGGUGACACUGACCUUUUAAGAUUCUAUUUGGAAAAUUAUGGUGCACCUAUUAAUGGCGUUGUCAGAUUCACACCUGAGGAACAAGUUGGCCUCAUGCAAGAUCGAGGGUUGGUGGAUUUGCUGGAGAAAUAUGGCAUACAUGUCGUCGUGACGGAGUAA